UUUUCACCUCGCUGUCAUUGGGUUUGAGAUGGCCUCUUGGGAAGCACACAGGAGGGGACCGCAGAGCUGCAGAAGGUGGUGGGUGGUUGAGCGUGUGAACCCGGCACCACGCUCAGGGCACUCAUAGCCCUGGGUCUUGCUCUGUAACAGUUUCUAAAAUUUAAGCAGCAGGUGUUUUAUCAGGCCUUGUACAUGGUGAAAAACUGUAAUGAAAAACACAAAAUCCACAGUUCACUCUCUAUCCAACCAAACGAAAUACCCACCCUGAUGAGACAAAUUUUUUGGUUGAGUGAUUUUGAACUUUUUCUUUUUUCCUUUUGAGACAGGGAGGAUCAUGGUGGGCAAUUCAGACUGGCCUUGAAUUGUAGGUGAUCCUCCUGCCUCAGCCUCCUGGAUGCUGGGUUGACAGGUGCACACCACCAGGGCUGGCCAAGGAGCUGUUUCGUAGACGUGCUUGCCUGAGAAGUGGUCAGUGGGACAUCAGCAUGAACAACAUCACUCAGUUGCCGGAGGACGCCUUCAAGGACUUCCCGUUCCUGGAGGAGCUACAGCUGGCCGGCAACGACCUCUCCUUCAUCCACCCGAAGGCCCUGUCUGGGCUGAAGGAGCUGAGAGUCCUCACCCUACAGAACAACCAGCUGCGGACCGUCCCCAGCCAGGCCAUGCGGGGCCUGAGCGCGCUGCAGUCCCUGCGCCUGGAUGCCAACCAUAUCACCUCUGUGCCCGAGGACAGUUUUGAGGGCCUCCUGCAGCUGCGGCACCUGUGGCUGGAUGACAACAGGCUGACGGAGGUGCCCGUGCGGCCACUCAGCAACCUGCCCACACUGCAGGCGCUCACACUUGCCCUCAACAACAUCUCUAGCAUCCCCGACUUCGCCUUCACCAACCUGUCCAGCCUGGUCGUGCUGCAUCUUCAUAACAAUAAGAUCCGGAAGCUGAGUCAGCACUGCUUCGAUGGCCUGGAUAACUUAGAGACCUUGGACUUGAAUUACAAUAACCUGGAAGAGUUCCCCGAGGCCAUCAAGGCGCUUCCCAGCCUGAAGGAGCUGGGCUUCCACAGCAACUCCAUCUCUGUCAUCCCAGAUGGAGCUUUCAGCGGCAACCCCCUGCUGAGGACCAUACAUUUAUAUGACAACCCUUUAUCUUUCGUGGGGAACUCAGCGUUUCACAAUCUAUCCGAUCUCCAUUCCCUAGUCAUCCGAGGUGCGAGCAUGGUGCAGAAUUUCCCCAACCUGACGGGUACCAUCCGCCUGGAAAGCCUGACCCUGACAGGCACGAGGAUCAGCAGUGUCCCCCAGCACCUGUGCCUGGAGCAGCGCGCACUGAGGACCCUGGACUUGUCUUACAACAGCAUCAGGGACCUUCCCAGCUUUGAUGGCUGCCAUGCCCUGGAGGAGAUUUCACUGCAACGCAAUCAGAUCUACCAAAUAGGAGAAGAUACUUUCCGAGGCCUGGUGUCCCUGAGGCUCCUGGAUCUGAGCAGAAACCAGAUCCAUGAAAUUCACAACAGUGCUUUUGCCAGGCUCGGGGCGAUCACUAACCUAGACCUCAGUUUCAACGCCCUGACCUCCUUUCCCACGGAGGGCCUGAGCGGGCUGAAUCAGCUAAAACUGGUGGGCAACGUGGAAAUGAAGGGGGCCUUGGCACCCAAAGACUUCGUGAAUCUCAGGUCUCUCUCCGUCCCGUAUGCUUACCAGUGCUGCGCGUUCUGGGGCUGUGACUCCUACGCAAGCUUACACACGGAGGACAGCAGCCUGCAGGACCACGGUGCAGGCGAGGAGAAAGCUGCUGCGAGCGUGGGGAACAGCACAGACAGCGCAGAGCACCAGGAGCAUGGCCAGAUCAUCAUCCACUGCACACCGCCCACAGGCGCCUUUAAGCCUUGCGAGUACCUGCUGGGCAGCUGGAUGAUCCGCCUCACCGUCUGGUUCAUCUUCCUGGUGGCCCUGCUCGCCAACCUGCUGGUCAUUGUCACCACCUUCGCGUGCGGCGUGGCGCCCUCGUCCUCCAAGCUGCUGGUGGGCCUGCUGGCCGUAGCCAACCUGCUCACUGGCGUCUACACCGGCAUGCUCAGCCUGCUGGACGCCGUGUCCUGGGGCCGCUUCGCCGACUUCGGCGUCUGGUGGGAGACAGGCAGCGGCUGCCGCGCGGCCGGCUUCCUGGGUAUCUUCUCCUCCGAGAGCGCCGUGCUGCUGCUGGCGCUGGCGGCCGUGGAGCGCAGCCUGGCGGCACGGGGCCCAGUGCGGAGCCGCAAGAGCCGGCGGCGGGCGCGGGCACGGGUGCGGGCAGCCGCAGGCCUGGCCUUCCUGGGUGCGGCGGCGGCGGGCUGCGUGCCCCUGGUGCGCAGCGGGCCCUUGCCGGCGUCGCCACUGUGUCUGCCGUUCCCCGCGGCCGAGGCGCCGGCGCUGGGGUUUGCUGCAGCGCUGGUGCUGCUGGGCGCGCUGGCCUUCCUGCUGGCUGCCGCUGCCUACACGCGCCUCUACUGCGCGCUGGGCAAGGCCGAGCUGGGGCGCGCGCGCACCGGCGCAGUACAGCACGUGGCCUGGCUCAUCUUCGCCGACUGCCUGCUCUUCUGCCCGCUCGCCUUCUUCUCCUUCGCACCACUCGUCUCCGCUGUGCCUGUCAGCCCCGAGAUCGCCAAGUCGGUCACACUCAUCUUCUUCCCACUGCCUGCCUGCCUCAACCCGGUGCUCUACGUCUUCUUUAGCCCGCAGUUCCGGGAGGACUGGGCCCUGCUUCGGAGGCGCCUGGCCCGGGCCGCCGGAGGUGGGAGAGCCGUGGGGGGCAUGGGGCCAGGCCUGCAGGGACCCCCGGCCGCGGGGAGCCUCUUGGGGGAGCGCACUCCGCUCCCGGCCUGCACCACCUGCUGCCCCCAGCGGGCGCUGCCAGCCGUGUGCGCCUGCGGCUGCUGCGAGGCACUGCUGCUGGCCCGGCCCCCGCCCCUGCCGGCCUGCAGACACCUGCUCCGCGCGCACAGCUGCCCGGCCCUGGCUGCCGGUGCCUGCCACAGGCCCGAGGGCUCCUGGUUCGAGUGCAGCGGCGCGCAGUCGGCACCCUCAGACUGCGCGGACGAGGAGGACUCGUUUGUCUCAGACAGCUCGGAGCAGGUGCAGGCCUGCGGGCGCGCCUGCUUCUACCAAAGCCGCGGCUUCCCGCUGGUGCGCUAUGCCUACAAUCUGCCCAGGGCCCGGGACUGAGCCGCCGGGGGCCCUACUCCUGAACCCGAAAAAGCCCACAAUGGCUCCCGGGCCGGCCUCCCAGGGAGGAAUGGGGCAGUUUCGUUCUCUGUGCAGAUACCUCUGGAGAACUGGUGCCGGAGUUGUCAGCUGAUGACAGACACAGCAACCAUCAGCGGUGGGUAUGCUGGAAACAAAUGCGUCUUGCAAAGGACUCCGCAUGUUAGGAACAGUGCGAAACAGUGGGCUUUCCUGGUCCCUAAGGAGCAAGUCUGCAGUAUUUCAGAGUUAAGCACAAGAUACAACAGCUGUUAAAUAUUUCUUAAAAGCUGCCAUUGUUGGGAGGUGGUGGGUAAGACAGGGUCUUGCUGUGUAGUCCAGGCUGUGCUUGAACUCACACUGGAGCCCACACUGGCCUUGAUCUCAUACCGAUCCCCCUGCCUCAGCCUCCCCAGUGCUGGGAUAAGAGGCAUGUGUUGCCAUACCCAGCUUAAAAACUUUUAAAAUAGGAUUUUAUGCAACUGGAGAAAAGUCUUGCUGAUUCCAUCUAAAGUUUCACCGUUACUCUCAGGAUACCUGGCUGCAGGGCUGCUGUGAGCCCUGCUGAGAGCACAGGACACUGCCCCCAGCUAGGCGUUUGUGCCCUGCACAGAAGAGUUGCAGAUCCCGCUCACGGGGUUGAUCAGUGUAGACCUCAGCGCAUUUCUAAAACAUUAACAGCUGUUGAGGGUUUUUAUUUUCAUAGAACAUUUGUUUUGGGCCCCUGUAUUUCCUAAUUCCCCUCCUAAUUCCCCCUCCUGUCUGGCAGUCACUAAGAGGAAGCGGGAAGAUGGGGGCCGUCUGGGUUCGCAGACUGUAGGUGAAGAUCUGUACUGGCACCUGCGAGGCCUGGCGGCCUGUACCAGGCCCAGUCAUAAACGCUUUCCGAUCUUCUCCAGAUGUCGGUACGACACCUCUUAAGAGUUCAAAGUGCCAGCGUAAAUAAUCUUGUAUAAUUGGAAGAAAUGAGUAAUUAAAACCCAAAGCAUUUAUUUCUUAGUGAGCCAGACUGACCUUAAGAUUUCCCUUAUAUGCAGACUUCCACACAUUUUCCCCAUGCUUUGAUUUCAGAGCAAACUACCUGAUAUUGGCUUAUGCUAGACAUGGUGGCUCACGCAUGUAAUCCCAGGCCUCAGGAGACUGAGGCAGGUAGAUUCCUGUGAGUUGAAGGCCAGUCUGGGUUACAAAACAAACCCCUCCCUAAAAUCCCCAAUGCUCAGAUACUAAGCUGUAGUUAAACAAGGCAGAUACGUCAUGGUGGGGGAAGAGGGAAUAACAUAGAGCCCAAUGUCUUUAAAAAUUAAACUUUAUUUGAUCCUUAAUUACGGGCUUCGGAUGUUACCAUGUGGAGUCUGACAUUCUGAUUUUUCAGUGCAUCUGUGAACAGUGCUAAGCCUCUGCCACACUGGUUCUCCUGCAUGUCUUCAGACACAGAAUCUGGAUUGCAGUUCAGUAAGGAAACUGUACAUAUGUGCAUAGAAUGAAUUGUUACGUUCUGUAAAUUAGUUCUAGAACACAAGCUGGGAACCGUGGCCUCUUCCUUUCGUUUCACUAAAGCUACCUCCUGAAGUAUAGUGGCUGCCAGUAGCAGGAUGUUCAGCUGUGGUUCAUCGACUUUUUGGUAUUGUAAAUAAUCCUGAUUGUAUAUUGUCAGUGUAAUUAAAACAGAAUCUUUGUAUAUCAAAAUCAUGUAGUUUGUAUAAAAUGUGGGGGAGGGGUUUAUUUACAGUGUGAUGUAAUUUUGUAAGGAUAGCUAGUUCCAAGUUUUAAAAGUUGCUAUCUUGUUUGUAUAUUGACACAUAUGAUCAAUAUUAAAUCAUACUUUGGUAAGAAAGUCGUAAUGAAAAGUUGUUUUCCCCAACCUGCAGGUUACUAGAAACUUGAUUUCUUUUCAUUUAAAAAAUAGAAUAGCAGAUCCAUUAGAUAUGUGGUAACUUUUGCUACACAUAUGGUAUCAUAUGCAAUAUUGUACUCAGUGUUUUGAAUUAUUAAAGUUUCUAGAAAGCAA